AUGCCCCAGACAAGCUCCAUCACCCUAGAAGAGAUGAGAAAUGCAGAACGCAGUGUGAUUCAGUUUGUUCAGAGGCGGCAUUUUCUGGAGGAGAUAACCGCCCUGGAUGAGGAGAACAAGACUGGUGGCGGUGUGCAAGACACGAAAAAGAGGUUCGUGAAGAAACCCAGUUCGAUAAGUGAUCUGGAUACUGUAAUGACAGACGGUUUGCUUCGAGUAGGAGGUCGCUUGAGAUGCGCUCCUUUAGAUGAUUCGCUCAAGUUUCCGGUCAUUCUUCCAAGGCACCAUCACCUGGUGAAUCUCAUUGUAAAGCACUAUCAUGAUGUAUCCGGGCACAGUGGCCGAGAGCAUGUGCUUGGGCUGAUACGGCAGCAGUUCUGGAUCAUCAAAAGGAGAGUGACGGUGCGACGCGUGCUCAAGUCCUGCUUUAGUUGCAGGCGAAGGCAGCAGCCCCCAUGUCAGCAACGGAUGGCGGACCUGCCGGUAGGUAGAGUCACUCCAGACAAACCUCCGUUCUUGUGUGUCGGGAUUGACUGCUUCGGCCCAUUUAUGGUUAAGCGGGCAAGAAGUGAGGUGAAACGAGGUGCACCUGAAGAGAUCAGAUCGGAUAAUGGAACAAACUUUACCGGCGCCGAAAGAGAGUUGAAGGUAGCCAUAGCAGAGUGGAAUCACAAGACGAUUCAUGAAUUUCUGCUGCAACGAGAUGUGCGCUGGAUUUACAAUCCCCCAGCCGCCUCGCACAUGGGAGGUGUAUGGGAAAGGAAUAUACGGACGGUGCGGAAGGUCCUUGCUGCCUUGCUAAAGCAGCAAGUACUAGAUGACGAGGGUUUGGCUACCCUCUUUGCGGAAGUUGAGGCUAUAGUGAACGGACGCCCGCUAACUGGAGUGUCAGAUGACCCGCAAGACAUGGAAGCGUUGACGCCUAAUCAUCUCUUGCUAAUGCGAGCAGGCUCGUCGCUUCCCCCUGGAGUCUUUAGUAAAGAGAAUGUGUACUCGCGCAGACGAUGGAAGCAAGUUCAGUACCUUCCCUCCAGCGGCGGUCCAAGUCGCAACGCACGAGACGCAACGUAUCUGUCGGAGAUAUUGUCCUGGUGGUAG